AUGCAUUCGUCAAUUCGGCCGCAUCAAUUUGUGGCGGUCCAGCUGCCGUCAGAGCAGACUCGCCUCGUCAAGCUUGUGCCCAAUACGUAUGCCGGCAAACACCCAUUCAAGCUAUCAAAUGUGCUAACACCGGACUCCAGCAUAGUUAAUUUGGGCAAGUACGGCAGCUUUUCCGCCAACCAGGUCAUUGGGCGGCCUUUCUAUCUAACUUUUGAGAUUCUUGAUACCCCGGAGAGUGAUGGGUAUGGACUGCGUGUCGUCUCCGCCACCGAGUUACAUGCCGAAACCUUGAUUGAAGAGGCCGAGGCGGACGGAGAAGGCGACGAUGCAGAGACGGGAGACGGGACACCCCUGCGCACAAAUCGCGAGAUCGUGGACGAUGCCUCUACCCAGCGCUUGACUUUAGAGGAGAUCGAGGAGCUGAAAAAAGAGGCCAGUGGAGCAGGCAAAGAUAUUGUCGCAAAACUGUUGGAGUCGCAUUCUGCUUUGGACCAAAAGACGGCCUUCUCGCUCGCCAAAUACACACUGCGUAAGCGCAAGAAGUACAUUCGAAGGUUCACCAUUCUUCCACUCGAUGUCAACUUGCUCGUCAACUAUUCGUUGCAAGAACGCGACGCCGGAAGAACUAUGGAACUGCGUGAUGAGCACAUCGGUCUGCUCGGAUGCCUGGCCAAUGUGCACCACGGCGGACAAGUGACUACGGAUGCACUCCCUGAUGUCAAGUCGAACGGUCGAUAUCUCGUGGUAGAUGAGACCGGCGGUCUCAUUGUUGCCGCGAUGGCUGAGCGCAUGGGAAUCUUGUAUCCUCGCGACGAAGAGGAUCUGGAGUCCGAAGAACAGCUUCUUACAAAUGAAGUCAAGGAGCAGACAAAGGACGCUGCUGGUGUUGGCUCAAAGCCAUACCGGCGAGUGCGUCCCCGCCCAAUGUCGGCAGCCGGAAAUACCAUCACUGUCGUCCACGCUUACUCGCAACCUAAUCUGUCCCUAUUAAAAUACUUCGGAUACGAUACCAACAACCCUGACGAAUCACACCCUCUGCACACCAACCUCAAGACCAUCUCGUGGCUCCAGCUUGUCAACCCCGAGAACGAUCCAAUUCUGUCCGCUGAGCUCCCCAUAAUGCCCGCCCAGGAGCUAGCCGAGCUCAAGCCCAGCAAGCGUACUGCAUACUUCUUCAAGCGCAACCGAUAUGAGAGAGUCAAGAAUGUGGUAAAGGAGGCUCGCGAGGGUGGCUUCGAUGGUCUCGUCGUCGCCACUCUGCUCACACCCGCCAGCGUCUUUAAACACCUGGUCCCGCGCCUCGCCGGGUCAGCUCCCGUUGCCAUGUAUUCUCCGACUGUCGAGCCGCUCGUCGAGUUGAUGGAUCUCUACUCCACAGGGCGAAGGACAGCCUUCAUCACCAAGAAGCGAGAACUCAGCCAGAAUUCCCCGGAUGAUGAGGAGGUCGACUUGUCUUCCCUAUAUGACGAAUUCGAACUCGAUCCCACCCUUCUCCUAGCCCCAACCCUGCAUCACUCUCGCGUCCGUGCCUGGCAAGUGCUGCCUGGUCGGACACACCCACUCAUGACCGGACGAGGCGGUGCAGAAGGUUAUCUGUUCCACGGCGUUCGAGUCAUUCCGACAACAGACCACAUCCAGGCUGCCGGCACCUUUCGGAAAAGGAGAAAAGUGGCCAUCUCCACGCCCACUACCGAUCAAGACGUGGAAAUGGCGACCUGA